ACUGCUUUCAGAAUACUAUCCGUAUUCGAAUGAGCAUGAUGGGACAUUUUAAAGAUGGCUUACCAAACUAGCAGUGGCAGUCAGUAUCCAUUCAUUUAGUGUUUUCUCUAAGCUUGCCUGAUGACAGCGUGUACCGGCGAGACUCCGUUUGCUGGAUUUGUUUUGACAGCCCGUGACACUCCUCUGGCUUACUGUCCUUAGCUUUUAUUGAACUGAUUUUAUGACAUAAUUAGUGAAAAUGGCUACCAUGGAGAAACUGAUGAAGGCCUUUGAGUCUCUCAAGUCUUUCCAGCAGCAGGGACCUGUAGUUCUUGAAGAACCAAUUCCUAAACCAAAAAAAGAACCUUCCACAACGAAGAAGGACCGGGUGAAUCAUUGUCUGACGAUCUGUGAGAAUAUAGUUGCACAGUCUCUUAGGAACUCCCCAGAAUUUCAGAAACUUCUAGGUAUUGCCAUGGAGUUAUUCUUACUUUGUAGUGAUGAUUCUGAAUCUGAUGUCCGGAUGGUAGCUGAUGAAUGCCUUAACAGAGUUAUAAAAGCUUUAAUGGAUUCCAGUCUCCCACGUUUACAGCUGGAGCUAUACAAAGAAAUAAAAAAGAAUGGUGCUUCCCGAAGUUUGCGAGCUGCACUUUGGAGGUUUGCUGAGCUUGUUCACUUGGUGAGACCACAGAAAUGCAGGCCUUACCUAGUAAACCUGUUGCCAUGUCUGACCCGAAUAAGUAAACGUCCGGAGGAAGCAGUACAAGAGACACUGGCUGUGGCAAUACCAAAGAUCAUGUCAUCCCUUGGCAGUUUUGCAAAUGACAUUGAAAUCAAGGUUAUGCUGAAAGCAUUUGUUGCCAAUUUAAAAUCCACUUCUCCAACUAUGCGUCGAACAGCAGCCAGCUCAGCAGUUAGCAUCUGCCAGCAUUCUCGACGGUCUCAGUAUUUUUACUCCUGGUUACUCAAUGUGCUUUUAGGUCUGCUGGUUCUGGUGGAGGACGAGCGGCCAACGCCUCUUAUUCUGGGAGUUUUGCUUACAUUGAGAUACCUAAUACCUUUGUUGCAGCAGCAGGUGAAAGAUACUAGCUUAAAGGGCAGCUUUGGUGUAACUCGCAAGGAAGCUGAAAUCGCUCCAUCUCCCAGACAGCUUGUACAGGUUUAUGAACUCACUCUGCACUACACACAACACCAUGAUCAUAAUGUUGUUACAGCAGCCUUGGAAUUGUUACAGCAGCUUUUUCGUACACCACCUCCUGACCUUCUUGGUGCAUUGACUACACCAGGAAGCUUUUGUCGGGUUAGUAUUACCCACGAUGAAGCAGCUGCUAGAGGUCGCAGUGGCAGCAUUGUUGAAUUAAUUGUUGGAGGGGGGUCUUCAUGUAGCCCUGUUCUUCUGAGAAAACAAAAAGGUAAAAUACUUUCUGGAGAAGAAGAAGGGUUGGAGGAUGACUCUGAAACAAGAUCAGAAGUCAGCACUACUACGUUUACAGCUUCCAUAAACAGUGAAGGAGCCAGUGAAGCUGCUUCAUCCUCUGGAGUCUCCACUCUUGAAUCCGUGAAUUCAGCUCCUGAUUCUACAGGACAUGACAUCAUAACUGAACAACCACGGUCCCAGCAUACCUUGCAGUCUGCUGACUCUGUUGAUCUAAGUAGCUCUGAUCUGACCAGUGCAGCUGAAGGAGAGGAUGAGGAAAUGUUAAGCCAGAGCUCCAGCCAGAUUAGCACUGUUCCAUCAGAUACCAUUAUGGACCUAAAUGAUAGGACUACUCAGGCAUCCUCACCAGCCAGUGAUAGCUCCCAGACCACCACCGAGGGUCCAGAUUCGGCUGUAACUCCAUCAGACAGUUCUGAAAUUGUAAGUUUGCAUCAGGCUCAUGGGGAAUCCCAGUCUUCAACUGAGGGCCCUGAUAUGUCUCAGAGUUCCUCCAUGGAGGGCCCAGACUUGGAUACAUCCACAUUCUUCUCUUCCUCCUGUACUUCCUCGGCCACUAGCCAUGAAAAGGUUAUGGAUAGCACAGAAACCCAGUAUUCUGGAAUGCAGAUAGGCCAACUUCAGGAUGAAGACGAUGAUGCCAGCACACCUGUGGAAGAAAUGACUGAACAUUUCAGAAACUCAUCUUUGGUUUUGGCCAAGCCUGUUUUGCCAAACCACAUGGGUCAUAGUCGACAAUCCUCUGACAGUAGUCUGGAUCAUUUUAUGCCCAAGGAGGAAACUGUGGAACCAGCAGAACCUGAAAAUAAGCCGUCUAGAAUAAAAGGUGAUAUAGGACACUACACAGAUGAAAAUGAAGUUCCUUUAGUCCACUGUGUGAGACUUCUGUCUGCAUCUUUUCUUUUAAGUGGACAAAAGAAUGGUCUUGUUCCAGAUGAAGAUGUGAGGGUCAGCGUUAAAGCAUUGGCAGUGAGUUGUGUUGGAGCUGCUGUUGGUCUUCAUCCAGGAGCAUUUUUCAGCAAACUUUAUAGAGUCCCCAUUGAAGUUUAUGAAAACAAAGAAGAGCAGUAUAUAUCUGACAUUUUAAAUUUUAUUAAUCAUGGAGAUCCUCAGAUACGUGGAGCCACUGCGAUCUUGUGCGGAACCUUCAUUUAUUCAGUGAUGAAUAAUUCCCGUUUUAAUGCUGAGAGCUUCCAGGCCAGUGCCACAAGUUCCACAGGCAAUAACAUUUCAAUUUUGAACUGUGUGCCUUUAUUGCAAAAGACUUUAAGAGAUGCAUCAUCGGUCACGUGCAAAAUGGCUUGUGCUGCUGUGAGGCACUGUAUUAGGAGUUUGUGCAGUAGCACAUACAGUGAGAUAGGUUUGCAGCUAAUUAUUGACCUGCUUAACUUGAAGGAUAAUUCUUACUGGCUCGUCAGAACAGAGCUUCUAGAAACUUUAUCAGAGGUGGAUUUCAGGAUAGUCAGCUUCCUGGAGAGAAAAGCUCAGCACUUGCACAAAGGAAAUCACCACUACACUGGAUUGUUGAAGCUGCAAGAUCGAGUACUCAAUGAUGUCAUCAUUUAUUUGCUUGGAGAUGAAGAUCCAAGAGUGAGGCAUGUGGCAGCAGCAGUACUAGCAAGGCUUAUCCCACGGUUCUUUUAUGAUUGUGACCAAGGCCAGGUGGAUCCAGUUGUUGCAGUGGCAAGAGAGCAAAGUAGCACUUACCUGCAGCUUUUGAUGCAUGAAACACAUCCCCCAUCUCAUGUUGCUGUCAGCACCAUCACAAGGACAUACAGAGGUUUUAACAUUUCACAAAACACUACAGAUGUAACUAUUGAAAAUAAUCUCUCCCGAGUUGUCACUGCUGUGUCUCAUGCCCUGUCAUCGUCAACCUCACGGGCACUCACAUUUGGGUGCUGUGAGGCUCUGAGUCUUUUGUCAGUGAUGUUUCCAGCAUGCAUUUGGCAUAUAGGAUGGCAUUGUGGACAUAUUACUGCACUGAGUGCACAGUCAUCGAGAGUUGGUCUUUACAGAAACAGAGGACGCACUUUCAGUGUGGUACAACCUAAUUCUGCUGAUGACUCUCGAAAGAUGUGCACUGUUGGAAUGGCUAGUAUGAUUCAGUCCCUUCUAUCUUCUGCCUGGUUCCCGUUGGAUCUUUCUUCCCAUCAGGAUGCUCUUAUAUUAUGUGGAAACCUACUAUCAGCUGCUGCUCCAUACUCCUUGAAGAAUCCAUGGUCUAUGGAAGACGAUGUCACUGCUGGUGUUAAUAAGCAAGAAGAGCCAUGGCCAGCCCUGAGUGACAGGAUCCUGUCUGCCAUGAUUGAGCAGUUAUUUUCACACGUUCUGAAGGUCAUUAAUAUCUGCGCACAUGUGAUUGAUGACUUGGCUGUUGGUCCUGCAUUAAAGGGAAGCUUACAAUCUCUUGCUAAUACUUCAUCCUUGAGCCCUAUUAGGAGGAAGGGUAAAGAGAAGGAGCCUGUUGAACAAGCUGCUGCACCCCUUAGCCCCAAAAAGACCAGUGAAACAAAUGCAGCUUCCAGACCAGUGGAAACGGCUGGGACAACUCCAACAAGCAAAUCUACGUCUGUGGGAAAUUUUUACCACCUUCCUUUAUAUCUCAAGUUGUAUGAUGUUUUGAAAGCUACAUAUGCUAACUACAAGGUUACAUUAGAUCUCCAGAACAGUAAUGAGAAGUUUGGUGGUCUUCUCCAUGCAGCACUGGAUGUCCUGUCACAACUGCUUGAGCUUGCAACUCUACAGGAUAUUGGAAAGUGUGUUGAAGAGAUCCUGGGUUACCUUAAAUCAUGUUUCAGUAGAGAACCCACCAUGACUAUUGUUUGUGUUCAGCAGCUGCUUAAAACGCUUUUUGGGACCAACUUGGCAUCACAGUAUGAUGGAUAUUCCUCUAAUCCUAGCAAAUCUCAGGGUAAAGCUCAGCGCUUAGGCUCUUCCAGUCUGAGACCAGGACUCUAUCACUAUUGCUUCAUGGCACCUUACACACACUUUACACAAGCAUUAGCAGAUGCCAGCCUCAGAAAUAUGGUGCAGGCUGAGCAGGAACAGGAUACAUCUGGGUGGUUUGAUGUUUUGCAAAAAGUUUCCUCCCAAAUGAAGACUAGUAUUACAAAUGUUGCAAGACACCGUGCUGACAAGAAUGCCAUUCACAACCACAUUCGUUUGUUUGAACCACUGGUUAUAAAAGCCUUGAAGCUGUAUACUACUACUACUUCUGUCCAUCUUCAGAAGCAAGUCCUAGACCUUCUGGCACAGCUGGUGCAGUUAAGGGUUAACUACUGUCUUCUAGACUCUGAUCAGGUUUUCAUUGGGUUUGUGUUGAAGCAGUUUGAAUACAUUGAAGUGGGUCAGUUCAGAGACUCAGAAGCUAUAAUUCCUAGCAUCUUCUUUUUCCUGGUGUUGCUUUCUUAUGAGCGCUAUCAUUCCAAGCAAAUAAUUGGGAUUCCUAAAAUUAUCCAGCUCUGUGAUGGCAUCAUGGCCAGUGGCAGAAAAGCUGUUACACAUGCUAUUCCAGCUCUCCAGCCAAUAGUUCAUGAUUUAUUUGUUCUGCGGGGGGCAAACAAAGCUGAUGCAGGAAAAGAACUGGAAACCCAGAAAGAAGUUGUGGUAUCGAUGCUGCUUAGGCUCAUCCAGUACCAUCAGGUGCUUGAAAUGUUCAUCUUGGUUUUGCAGCAGUGUCAUAAAGAGAAUGAAGACAAAUGGAAAAGGUUAUCCCGUCAAAUAGCAGAUAUAAUUCUUCCAAUGUUAGCCAAGCAGCAGAUGCAUUUGGAUUCCCAUGAAGCCUUGGGAGUUUUGAACACCUUGUUUGAAAUUGUAGCACCAUCAUCUCUCCGACCUGUGGAUAUGCUGUUAAGGAGUAUGUUUGUUGUACCCAAUGCAAUGGUGUCUGUAAGUACUGUCCAGUUGUGGAUUUCUGGAAUCCUUGCAGUUCUGCGAGUUUUAAUUUCCCAGUCAACAGAGGAUAUAAUAUUGUCCCGUAUUCAAGAACUUUGCUUGUCUCCUUACUUUAUUUCAUGUCAGAAUAUCAAGAAUCUCAGAGAAGGCAACCCUAGCAGUACCACAGUAGAAGAGCAAAAUGGCGAAACACAAAUCAAAUAUCCACCAGAAGAAAUAUUUGCUAGAUUUUUGAUACAGUUGGUUGGGAUCCUUUUGGAAGAUAUUGCUUCAAAAAAGCUGAAGGUUGAUAUGAGUGAACAGCAGCAUACAUUCUAUUGCCAGCAAUUAGGCACAUUGCUCAUGUGUUUAAUACAUGUUAUCAAGUCAGGAACGUUUAGAAGGAUCACUUCAGCUGCUACGAAACUUUUGAAGGGUGAUGGAGCUGAUGGAAAUUUUUAUACAUUAGAUACCCUAAAUGUAAUGGUGCAGUCAAUGAUUCCCACACAUCCCUCCCUGGUAUUGCUGUGGUGCCAGAUCUUACUCCUUAUCAACUACACUAAUUACAGCUGGUGGUCAGAAGUACAUCAGACUCCCAGACGACAUAGUCUUUCUAGUACCAAAUUACUGAGCCCACAAAUAUCUGAAGAAAAUGACUGCAAGUCUGAAUCCAAACUGAGCAUGUGCAAUAUAGAAAUUGUAAGAAGAGGAGCUCUUAUUUUGUUCUGUGAUUAUGUUUGUCAAAAUCUUCAUGAUUCAGAGCAUUUAACUUGGCUUAUAGUUAAUCAUAUCCAGGAUUUGAUCAGUCUUUCCCAUGAGCCUCCAGUUCAAGAUUUUAUCAGUGCUGUACACAGGAAUUCUGCAGCCAGUGGGCUUUUCAUCCAGGCCAUCCAGUCUCGUUGUGACAACCUUGCCACACCAGUCAUGUUAAAGAAGACCUUGCAGUGUCUGGAAGGAAUUCAUCUCAGCCAGUCUGGUGCUGUGCUAAUGCUGUAUAUAGAUAAACUUCUUCGUACCCCUUUCCGUGUGCUGGCUCGCAUGGUAGACACACUUGCCUGUCGACGGGUAGAGAUGCUUUUGGCUGAGUCUUUACAGAACAGCACUGCACAGUUACCACCCGAAGAAGUGGACAGAAUACAGCAAUACCUGCAGAAUAAUGGACUGGCGCAAAGACACCAAAGACUGUAUUGCCUGCUGGACAGAUUUCGUGCAAAUGUUGCACCUGAUACUGUUGGUCCUUUGUGUCUGGUGACAUCACACCCACUGGAUGGGGAGACACCACAAGUUCCAGAAAUUAUAGUUGCUAAUAAGGAGUGGUAUUUGUCUCUUGUAAAAUCUCAGUGUUGUGUUCGUCAUGAUUCUAUGAUGCUGGAAUGCGCCGAGUUACUGAACAAGCUUCCUCAGCCUGAUCUGUACUCUGUGAUGACAGUCAAGGAAUUCAACCUGAACUUGUUGGCUCCAUGUAUAAGCUUGGGUCAGAAUGGAAUCGCAGGACAACAUAGUAGUGCUCUGUUCAACACAGCUUGCCAAGUGAUGCUAGGUCAUGUAACAGAAAGCAUACACCACCUUCCCAGCAACCACCAGGUCUUCCAGCUAUGGCAAACAUCAGAGGACACCUCAUACUGGAACAAAAUGAGUGAACUAUUUGGGGAUGUACGGUACUUCCAAAAUGUAAUUGCUUUGUGUUGUGCAAUGGGCCAAUACCUGAUUUCCUUUAAACUGUCAGCAUCACUUAGUUUCCCAGAUGGAAAAGAGGAAGAUAUCACCAGUUUCAUAGUGGGGUCACUGGAGGCAGUGUCAUGGCAUUUAGCAAAUGAUCGGAUUCCCCUAAGUGUUGACCUACAGGCUGUACUGGACUGUGUUUGCCUGGCCCUGCAGCAUCCUGUGAUCUGGAACCUUUUGGCUUCUGCUCCCUUUGUAUCACAUGCGUGCUCUGUGAUCAGCUGUAUUAGAUUUAUCAUAGAAGCAAUUGCAGUUGAACCAGGGGAUCAGCUUCUGCAUCCUGAGAGAAAAAGAGAAAAUCAGUCUAAACAUGAAGAUGAUGUGGAUUCAUCUGAGCAAACAAAAGCAAGGCAGCAUAUUACAGCAGCUUGUGAGGCGAUGGCAGAAAUGGUGGAGAGCUUACAGUCGGUUUUGUCAUUUGGACACUGGAGAAACUGUAGUAUUCCUGGUUUUCUUACUCCUGUCUUGCGGAAUAUUAUUGUUAGCCUUGCCAGAAUACCACUUGUAAACAGCUUCACUCGAGUACCUCCUUUGGUCUGGAAGCUAGGUUGGUCCCCAAGACCAGGAGGUGAAUUCGGUACUGCUCUGCCUGAAAUCCCUGUAGAAUUUCUUCAAGAGAAGGACAUUUUUAAAGAAUUCAUUUACCGCAUUAAUGUGUUGGGAUGGACAUGUCGCACUCAGUUUGAAGAAACAUGGGCUACCCUGUUGGGCGUUCUUGUGACUCAACCAAUUGUGAUGGAGCAGGAAGAGGAAGGUCAACAGGAGGAAGACAGGGAGAGAACACAGAUCAACGUUCUUGCUGUUCAGGCAAUAACUUCCUUGGUACUGAGUGCAAUGUAUAUCCCAGUUGCAGGAAAUCCAGCAGUAAGCUCUCUAGAGCAGCAGCCCCGGAACAAGAUUUUAAAAGCAUUGGAUACAAGGUUUGGAAGGAAACUGAGCAUCAUCAGAGGUAUUGUCGAGCGAGAAAUCCAGGUAUUUGUUUCAAGAAGAGACAGUGCUGCGACUCAUCACCCCUAUCAGGCUUGGGACCCUGUUCCUUCAUUAUCUCCUGCCAUUUCAGGUGCACUUAUCAGCCAUGAGAAGCUGUUGUUACAGAUCAACACAGAAAGAGAGAUUGGCAACAUGGACUAUAAGUUAGGGCAGGUAUCCAUUCACUCAGUGUGGUUAGGGAACAAUAUCACUCCACUUCGCGAAGAAGAAUGGGGUGAAGAUGAAGAAGAUGAGAAUGAUGUUCCUGCUCCUGUUUCUCCACCAACCUCCCCAAUUAAUUCUAGGAAGCACAGAGCUGGUGUCGACAUACAUUCCUGCUCCCAGUUUUUGUUGGAACUCUACAGUCAAUGGAUAUUGCCUUCCAGUCCCAGCAAGAAGACUCCCCCCAUUUUGAUCAGUGAAGUUGUGCGAUCUCUUUUAGCGGUAUCUGACCUGUUCACAGAGAGAAAUCAGUUUGACACAAUGUAUUCGACUCUGACAGAGCUGCAGAAGUUGCAUCCACCCGAGGAUGAGAUUCUCAACCAGUAUUUGGUUCCUGCAAUAUGUAAGGCAGCAGCUGUACUUGGAAUGGACAAAGCUAUAGCUGAGCCAGUAAGCCGUCUGCUGGAAUCAACAUUGAGAAGUACCCACAUGCCAAGCCGAAUUGGAGCCCUUCAUGGAAUUCUUUAUGUCCUUGAGUGCGAUCUCCUAGAUGACACAGCAAAACAGCUCAUUCCAGUUAUCAGUGACUAUUUGCUUUCUAAUUUGAAAGGAGUAGCACAUUGUGUGAACAUCCACAAUCUGCAGCAUGUGUUAGUGAUGUGUGCCACUGCCUUCUACUUGAUAGAGAACUACCCUCUGGAUGUCGGACAGGAUUUCACUGCUGGUAUUAUUCAGAUGUGUGGUGUGAUGUUAUCUGGUAGUGAAGAAUCUACUCCAUCUGUAGUAUAUCACUGUGUCCUGCGUGGGUUAGAACGCCUUCUUCUUUCAGAACAACUCUCCAGACUGGAUGGUGAGGCUCUUGUGAAGCUUAGUGUUGACAGACUUAACAUGCACAGCCCUCACAGAGCAAUGGCUGCUUUAGGAUUGAUGUUAACGUGCAUGUAUACAGGUAAAGAGAAAAUCAGUCCUGGGAGGACAUCAGAAUCUGAUCCUACAGCGCCAGACACCGAGUCUGUUAUUGUAGCUAUGGAACGAGUAUCUGUUUUGUUUGACAGAAUCAGGAAAGGAUUUCCUUCAGAGGCUCGAAUAGUGGCACGGAUUCUUCCACAGUUCUUAGAUGACUUUUUUCCACCUCAAGAUGUAAUGAACAAAGUCAUUGGUGAAUUUUUGUCAAAUCAGCAGCCUUACCCCCAGUUGAUGGCAAGAGUUGUUUACAAGGUGUUCCAGACAUUACAUACUACAGGACAAUCUUCAAUGGUGCGGGACUGGGUGAUGCUGUCUCUGUCCAACUUCACUCAGAGGACCCCAGUUGCGAUGGCAAUGUGGAGUCUUUCCUGUUUCUUUGUAAGUGCCUCCACCAGUUCAUGGAUUUCAGCUCUUCUUCCACACGUUAUCAGCAGAAUGGGUAAGUCAGAGCAAGUGGACAUGAACAUUUUCUGCCUUGUAGCUAUAGACUUCUACAAGCAUCAAAUUGACGAAGAGCUGGAUCGACGGGCCUUUCAGUCAGUUUUUGAGGUUGUGGCAUCUCCAGGAAAUCCGUAUCAGAGGUUACUAACAUGUUUGCACAAUGUCCACCAGGAUUCACAUUUCUAAACACAGAGACAGUUAGAGCAGUAGCUCAAAACUGGAGGUUUCUAUUUUGUUCACAGUGGUUGAAAAGAGGUGUUGACACACUGCUGGUACCCACUAUGAAUGUAGAAAUGAUUUGUUCAGCAUCUCCUUUGCCAUUCCUUGUAAAGAAGAAAAUGCACUACUAUUCCUCAUGGCUUGAUUUAUGAAUACACAUGUGAGUUUGGAGAUAUCAUGGGGCACCCUUCAUCACAUUUAUCAGCUAUAAUAAAGGACUUUACCUAAAUCUUGUUAACUGGGACAUAACCCUAUCUUGAAUCACAGUAUACAUUUUACUGACUGACAAACUGGUGUUAAGUAGUCAAUACAGUAUAACAACUGAUUGUGUUUAUGUCCAGUUGUAUAGUAGUAUUUAGGUCACAAUUGGUGUUUCUUUUCAGAGUCUUAUAUUCAAUUAAUGGUAAUAAUGCAAGUGCCAGACAUUAAUCCUAAUGUUUAAUUGGUACAAAGAUGUAAUGUGGCGUUUUUCAAGUUAUUUGCCCCCAAUCUUUCAUAAAUGUGAUGUUUUCGGGUCUCAUUCACAGCAUGUAAUUAUCCUUUUUGGAACUUUCCACUAUAGUGUGGUCUCAGCUAUGUGUGUUUCUGUACAGUUUUUUUUUACACACAUAACCACACAUGAUUUUUCCCUCAGGAUUUCAAAUGUAAGAAUAUUACUAAAAAUGAAAAGUUUAAAAUGAGAGAUUUCCGUCAUGUAAAGUAUGUAAAAUUGUAAAAGUUAUGGUGCAUGAUAUAGUUUCUAAUUUAAAAAUGGAAAAAAGCCACUGAGAUGAAUGUUGUUACAUUUUUUGUCAUUACAUUAAUUUUUUUCUAAAUGUGAAUGGAAACUGAAAUUGGGUUUUGUCUGUGUGAAAUAUGUUGGUGUCUUUUUUCUGUUUUCUUUCAACCAUAGCAAAGUUUCUUAAUAUGUAUUAUCAGUACAUGUAAUCAAAAUGAUAACUUGUGUGCAUUGUGGAACAGUGGCAACAAGAUGAGACUGAAUCAUUUUAAAAUGCAACUAAAAUCAGUAUCUAAGGAUGUAUACAGGCAUGGUUCCCAGAUGAGCAAAAAUAUAAAUAUUUUUUUACCAUA